AUGGAGUUCGAGAGCCACGUCAAAGACAUCCACCCUGAAGAGUAUGUGAAGACUGCUAGGACUAAAUGUGGAACUGUGGAAGAACAUGAAAAGACUACAAGAAUGGAAGAUGGAGACGACUAUGCUCAGACUGAGAGAGAUAGCUCUGGCGUUGGAAAUGUGCCAGACACAUCAACUGGUAAUGGUGCAGGGGAACAUUCAGAUGGACUGCACAGUGGCAAGGGCGACAGGACAGAGAAGCGUUAUCUCUGUGGGGACUGUGGGAAGCACUUCAGGAAGCGCUACAACUUGAGGAGACACCAGGAGAGCCAUGCCAGAGUGGCUAAGCUUCACAAAUGCACAGUGUGUGGCAAGAGCUUCAGCCGCCCAGAGCACUUGGUAUGGCACAGGUAUGUGCACACCGGAGACCCUUCUUUCACCUGUGAAGUCUGUGGCCAGCACUUUCGUGACCCCGGGAAGCUGAGGAAUCACCAGAAGGGUCACCCAGAGCUGCAGAUGUACAGCUGCAAGCACUGCCAUGAAAGGUUUGGGCUGGCUGAGGAAUUGAGUGCACACAAGCAAGGGGCACAUGCUAGACAGACCGAGUUUCCAUGUAAGGAGUGUGACAAAUGCUUCAGCAACUUGCGGGGCCUGCGGAAGCACCAGCAGACACACUCAAAGCAAAGGAGAUUUCUGUGCUCCCAUUGUGGCAAGGGCUUUGGUCGGCUAGAGCACCUUCGCCGGCACGAGCAUGUGCACUCGUCGGAGAAACCCCACGCCUGCGCAGUGUGUGGAAAAACCUUUAAGCACAAGGAGGACCUGCGCUGCCAUAGUAGGAAGGUCCACGCUGUGGAGAGGAAGGUAUACCAGUGCCCACAGUGCCAGGUGUGUCUGCAUGCUGCAUCCGCCUUCAGGAGGCACCUGCUGCGCCACACUGGGCAAUACCCACACGCCUGCCACAUCUGUGGGAAGGGCUUCCUGGAGCGCUACCACUUGAAGAGGCACCACCGUGUGCACACAGAGCAAGGGCUGAGGACCCAUGGCAGGGGCCAAGCUCAGGGCCCAGAGGAGGGUUAUGAAUGCCCACAGUGCAAGAUGCAGCUGGGCACUGCCGCUGCUCUGAGGAGGCACUGUCUGACUCACACGGGACUCCACCCUCACACCUGUUCCAUCUGCACCAAGGGCUUCCUCAGGGCAGAUACUCUAAGGAAACAUCUCAAGGUCCACACAGCAGAGGGCCGGAGGGUCUGCAAGGGUCCUGAGAAGCAGGUGCCUACAGCCCCAGUAGGAUCUGGGGAUGGAGUGAGUGAGCAAAGGUGA